UUACAAGCAUCUAGACCGGGUAUACAAACUUAUGACUCUUUCUGCUACCAUUUUCUAAUCUCAAGGGACGAUGUUGUUCCUUUUCCCCCAUUCUUUGUGUGUUGUUGUGUAAAGAUGUUUACAGGCUGUGGUACCACAGGGAAUGGAAAUUGGAUUGCUCUCUCUAUUUAUCUAUUUCUUUGGUAUUGCUGACAAAAAGGGUAAAUUAGCAGUAGCCUCUCAUCUUUAUCACAAUCCAAGUUUUUGCUAUUUUGCAUGAGAGAUUAGAUAAGAAAAUAGAUGAUUUUUAAAAAUGGGGUUUUAUAAGAGGGGAAGAGUUUAUUGUUUGCAUAUUUUGUUGGUCUGUCUGGUAUCUUGGGCUGUUGGGAGGAGGAAGAAGAAAGAAAUCUGUUUCUUCUGAAGAAGGUGGAGGUGCCAAAACUCUUCAGGCUCCUCUUCUCCUUCUUCAUCCUCCUUAUUGAUCCGAUUCUCUCUCUCUUCUACCACUGCCCUUGGAAAUCCCAAUGACACCAAGUAGACCUUUUUCUUUAAAAAAUAUUUUAUAAAUUAAUAAAUAACACCCUUCGGCGUAAUUGGCACAUUCUUUACGCAUUAUCUCGGUUUUGUCUGCAAAAGUUUGGAUUUUUGUAAAGCCUUUUCUUUCCUGUCAUCUGGGUUUUUGUGGGGUCCAAACCUCUCAUCAGCUUCAAGUUCCCAAAAAAAAGAAAAUUGUUUAUUAUUUUUCAUAAGUUGGUUAGGUAAUCUCUCAAUUCCUAUUGGUCAUCUACCUAUCCCCUCCUUCCAUUUAUACUCUCACAAACAGCCACAACAGAUCAAAAAGACAAAACACACCAAAAUAAUGCUUCUCUACUUUCUCAUCUCUUGUCUUUCUUUCUUUUUCUUGUCCAAAUCUUUCUCCCUCCCUCCAUGGGCAUCUGAGACCAAAACCUUGCUCUCUUUCCACCUCUCCAAGAACCUCCUCUUCACCAACACUCUCCAUCCAACCACCAAACCUGAUCCACCCUCUCCCGCGCUAGACCAGAUGACAAUCCUCGACCUCCCUGACCUGGCUCUCGACCGCAUUCUCGACCUCCUUCCACCCUCUGGACUCUCUAGUAUGGCUAUGGUUUGCAGCUCCUUUAGGGAGAGGUGCGUGAAUGAUCAUCUGUGGGAGAAACACUUGGUGAACAAAUGGGGCAAGGUCCUUGGCCCUGCUGCUCAUAGAGAGUGGAAACGCUAUCUCUCUUCUUCCUCGAGUCACCUUGAUUCUUCUCCUCGUCACCAAACUAGUCAUCAUCCUCUUGGGUUUGACACAAUCAUCUCUUGUCUUCGAUCUAUUUCCUCUGUUUUGAGAGAUGGUGAUAGACAGAGGAAGGCUCUGCCAGUUGAUUCCACUAUGAGCUUCUAUAUCUCCCUUGAGACUGGUCGGUUUUGGUUCCCAGCUCAAGUUUAUAACCGUGAGAAUGGGCAUGUUGGAUUCAUGUUGUCAUGCUAUGAUGCGGAGCUCAGCUAUGACACUAUCACUGAUACUUUUCAAGCCAGGUAUCCACCACAUGGCAGAAGAGCAGUUGGGGUUGAAAAGGGAGUGACAUGGGAGAGGCUAAGAGCAGCUCCCCUUGAGGCGUCUCCUCAUCAUCUUCAUGUGUCAGAGUCUCUAAACCAGUUGAAACCUGGAGAUCACAUCGAGAUUCAGUGGAGAAGGAACAAAGAGUUCCCUUAUGGAUGGUGGUAUGGUAUCGUUGGCCAUUUGGAAUCUUGUGAUGGGGAUCUCAACCAUUGUCAUUGCCAUCUUAGUGAGACGGUGGUGUUGGAAUUCAACCAGUACACAGUGGGAUCAAGGUGGAGAAGAACGAUGAUCAACAAGAGUGAUCAUAGAGAGGAAGGUAACGAGGAAGACGGUUUCUACGGAGGAAUCCGAAAGCUAAGUUGUAAAGAAGAGAUUGCAAUGUGGACACGCCUCUGGCCAUCCUCCAACUUGGAGUAGCAUGAAGAAGAAGAACAACAUCAUUGCGACACAACCAUUGCACGGAGUAGUAGGAUGUCAAUUUUAGAUGUGCAUACUAUUGUAUCCAAUGUAUGAUUGACAGUUGAUUAUAUUUAUUCGAAAAUAGUCGAUUUUUC